AUGAUUAAAAGAAUCAAUAAGCAGCUGCUUGUCUUCAGAACAGCAGCAGCAGGUGUUAUCAGAAAGAGACGAUUAAAUGUUCACACUGUAUUAGUCACUUUCUUACUAUCACAGCAAAUUUAUUCUCUGCAGAAGUUACUCUCUUUCACUCUUCGUUACUCUCUCACUUUCUCCUUACUCCCCCAAACUCUGUUAUUCUCUCUCUACUUUCCCAAACUCUGUUAUUCUCUUUCUCUCUAUUCCCCCAAACUCUUCUUUACUCUCUCAACCUCUCUUUCCCUUUACUCUCUCAAAUACUUUGUUACUCUCUCUUUACUCACCCAAACUCUUUGUUACUCUCUCUCUCUCUCUCUUUUUUUCCAUACUUUCCCAAAGUCUUUGUUAAUCUCUCUCUUUUUUCCAUACUCUCCCAUCUCUUUUUCUCUCGACUCCUCCAAAUGCUUUGUUAAUCUCUCUCUCUCAAGAUGUUAG